AUGAUUCGACCCAACUCCAGUUAUUCAAAGACGUUCCUUACUCGAAGAAACUACAGAGGACCGACCCUACUGCGCACCGUCCUCGGAAGAAACACUGCGCUCGCCAUCGCUCCUCCCUCCGAUUCGUAUACCCUCGACGAAGGUGCGGCCAUGGGGGUUGCCACGAUGAAAGAAGAUGACCUCGAAGCCAUAUAUGCUCCACCACUCAGCAGCGACGAUGAGGAUGGCUCUUCUGCCGAAGUAGAGACGGCGGCCAAGCGAAACACACUGCCUGCUGCGCGGACGUCCUCGAAACGUCAAGCUCACACCGCGGCCAGUUCGAGGAGCAAACGGAGAAAGUUGAAGGACGAACCGUCUCUCGAGUCCUUCGAUAUGUCCGGGCUGUCCGACAUGCAGGACCCAUACUUUUUGUCCUCAGGCUCUCAGAAACAAAGUUCGCAGAAGAGAAAACUGCAACAGACGUACGCUCACCGCAAGUCGUUUGAACGACUGGACGAUCUUGACGUGGGGCCCAACAAACCAGAUGGGAAGCAAGACUUUGUUUCGCAUGAAGUGGUCAAGAAGCACAACGAUGGUUCAGGAAGUAAAGGGAAGUUCCUUGGUGCCGCUCCAUUACCGGGCAAACACUCGACAAGAGCCACCAGAGGGCCUGGCAAGAUUUUAGAUGUCGCGGAUCUACCAUCAGCCAGAACCGCGCGGAAGGGCUCAGACUUUCAAAUGCCCGAGUUGCCUGACAUUACGUCUUCAGCUGCAACAUCUGCAACAGACAUUCCCUCCAUCUUCGAAGAACCAAUAGCGCCUCGACACAGAUCAGGCUCGACUUCGUCUCUAUCAUCGGCGAACUCGAUGUUCAUUCUAGAGAACGAAGCCGAUCUGAUGGACCAAUUUGAGCAGCCUUUCGGAGUCGGGGUUUGUUGCCCGAUCUGCCAGAAACCUGUCCACGAUUCCGAAUCGAUUUUUGUACCCGACAAUUUGCGUUCGUUGAGUUUCAAGCAACAACAAACUUUUUGUUCAAAACACCAAGUAGCCGAUGCCAAGGAACUGUACAGGGAACGAGGAUACCCUCGUAUUGACUGGGAAGACCUGGAAAAGUCUCGGAUACCCAAGCAAAUGCAUCUACUGAAGAAAUUGAUCAACCGGCAAACUACGAGUGUCUACCUUGAUGAGCUGGAUGAAAAGAUCAAGGCUGCCAAAGGGAACCGAAAGGCAAUCCGGCAGUAUUUGGCUAAUGGGGUCGUCGAUGUGGCUCAACCGGGUUACUAUGGUCCCAAGGGAACAAGGAUCAUGGUUACGGUCAUUACGGAUUCUUUGACGGACACACUCAAGACAGCCCUCGGGUCCGACUCUGUCCUUCGAGCUGCGGGUGUAGGGGGUUAUGUCAGUGCCGUCCUGGUACCUGAACUGACUCUUCAGCUUGUCAUGUCCGAUAUGAGAUUGUCUGAUGCCGCCGAGGGACGAAGGAUAUUGAAUGAGAGUACGAAGAUUGGAGUAUUGUUGAAUCCAGAUGAUGAUCAUAUUGAGAGGGAUGAUGACGAUGAUGAUGAUGAUGCCGAUGAUGAGUAGGUGGUGGCAGUGGAAGCAGCGGCAGCAAUGGUGGUCAGAGGGCUGGUUCAGUCUGACAUGAUAAUUAUG